AUGCCGGGCUCGCAUUCGCGAGGGCGGGAACAGUCCCCAAUCCCGGGCACACGGGGAGCGUCGCAGUCCGUCGUCGUGGCGUCCUGCCCAGUCGCCGGCGCUGUGGCCAGAGGUGGCUCGUGCGUCCGAGCGGUCUGCCGUGACCGCGCCUGUUCCGUCCCGGCCGUCAUCGUCGCUGCAGGCAUCCCCCCGUCGAUCGUCUCCGCGCCAGCAGUCUCCAUGGCGUCCCUCCUCUCCCCAGCGCUGCCACAACCUCCUGCGCCUCCUCCUAGCGUUCCAUUCCCUCUGCACGUGGGUCCACUGGGGGUGUGGGAUGUUGCUCCCGGCGGUCAGGCCAGUUCCAUCCCUUCCACAACGGGGGUCUUGCGCCACCCCUUCUUCCUGCUCCACUUGCGGUGGUGGGAGGCAACAGAGGGGGUGGAUCUUGAUGCUGCUCUCGCCGUGAUCGUGGAGCGGAUCCGGGCGCGGACCCGUGCCCCUCCUCGCUCGCUGCAGCUGUCGAGUAAGGUGCUUGUGCGCUUGUGGCACGGGCGGGCGUUUGUUGAAGUGCGCUUGUGGCACGGGCGGGCAUUUGUUGAAGUGGUGACGAACGUGCUGGAGGCCGCGCUGGGGGCGAUGGAAGACUGCCCAGCUGCGCACUGUAGGAUGGAUGCUGAUCGGACUGAGCGGUGCCAGCUUGCAGUGCGUGACCUGGUGCACGAGCUGGAGCGGACAUUGGUUGGGCCCGAUGGGGAGUUGGGCUCGGGCGUUGGGGAGGCAUGCGUCCUCGAGGAGGUGGGGGAUGAAGGGUGCAGUCGGCAUCAGCUGUAG